AUGAUAGCAAGUAAAAUACAUUCAUUUGAUAAUCAAACGAUAUCAGAUGAUCAGAUGAUUCCACCAAAUGCUACAGGACCAAUGGAAUCUUCCGAAGAUACCGAAAAUGACAGACAGACUUUCACAUCUUUCACUGAUACCCGUGGUAGAGAUGAACCAGAAACUUCCUCACUAAUACAAGCAUCAGGUUCAGGUCGAUCAGAAAUUUUUGAGCCAAAGGAAAAAGCCAUGACGGCACGAAAGAAAAGUACUGCAAGCAAUGAUAUUAAUGUGGAACGAAAAGAAUCGACCAGUAUUAGUGAAAAGGCUAGCGUUGAUUCACCAAAUCAUUUAUAUGAUAUACAACAGCAUCAUGUUAUUCCUGAAACGGAAUCAACGGUAAAUUAUGAUACAAAUUCAUAUUAUGAAAAUGCGGAAGGGCAGAUUACCGAUACGGCUGAAGCGACAAAUUUUAAACAGACAGACAAUAGUACGUUUUAUCAGCAAGGAACGGAACACGAACAAUAUGAUUAUUCUUACCAUGAACCACAGACUCAAAGCUAUGAUGAAGUGCAGAACAUAAAUUACAGUUAUCGUACCACACCGUAUCAAAAUUAUGAACAACAGCAGCAGCAGAAUGAAGUUCCUGCGAAUUAUCAAAAUUAUGAUCAAAUGAAUUAUGCAACAACGUAUCAGAGUUAUGAUCAACAAUUAGCCAUGAGUCAAGAUUAUGCACAACAACCGAUAGCAAUGCAGAAUUACGAUCAGCAACCUACCGAAUUAUCUGAUUACGGUACUUCGCAGUAUGAUCAAUCACAAGGAUAUAAUUAUAAUAGCUACGAUGUUUGCACGUCAUCUUAUGUACCAACAGCAAAUAAUCAAAAUUAUGCUAGUCAAACCGGUUCGGAAAUCUAUCCAGGUAUUGUUAAAGAAACAAGCAACGAUUACGGUACGCAGUACAAUCAACAAUAUACUGCAGAAAAUCCUCCUGUGUCUAUCCAUAGCGAUGAUUAUCGAUCUCCCGUGAUACCGCAAUACAUUACACCAUUGUUUCCAGCCGUAAUCAGCUCGGAAUUGAAUCCAUUUUCCUGGGAAGCGCAAGAGAGAGCAGUAGCUACGACGGCCACAGAACCGAUAUCACAAUACGUUACGCAAUUAUCACGACCGAUUUCUGCCGAAACAUAUCAACAAAAAGAAGUACCAAUGGGAAGUGACAGCGACGUUCAAAAUGCUGAAGAAAUGAAGCGAAAAUCGCCCUUACGACCUGCUCCACCAUCGCCAUCCGUUGAACGCUCAAUACCACCAACGCGACCUCCAAUGCCACUUUCACCAAAUCUGAAAUAUUCCACCGAACCACCAUCAUUGCAUCAGAAAUCAUCGUCUAAAUUAGCGGAAUCAGAAUCAGAAGAUGCAUGGGCGCAGUUUAAAAAAUUAACAGAAAGAGCUACAACAGCAGUGAAGUCAAGUGAAGAAAUGAUGAAAGAAUUGGAAAAAACGACAGUUGCCAAAGAUAUUAAAGAUGAAAGUUACCUCGCUCAAAUUGGUGGUUCUCAAGCAUACAUACCUGAGCAGGCCUAUAAGCAAGCACGAGAGCAAAAAACAUUAAUCGCGCCGGCAAAAGAGAAAAAGAUGAAGCAUGGAAAAUCGAAAAAAAUGCCAAAACCGGAAUUGACAUUAGCACAAGAAGACGAUAUGGAUCGAGCUGCUAUGGAGCUUGCCAAAAAGAUGGCUGCCACAAGAGUUGAUCUGCAGGAUUGGAAGCCACCAGCAGGACAACAAGGCCCAUCAACUCCUGUCGAGAAAUCUCACGAAUUUUCUGAUGAGACCCAAGAGCCGAACAAUUCAACUUGGGCUGGCUUUGAUGAUUCACAAGCAGGUUUUGAAUUACCACCAUCUGAAUCAGGUUUCUUCGCCAGUGCUUCUGCAGCUCCAGUUUCACCUAAAGAAGCAUUUGGUGAUUCCAUCGCUGUAUGUGGGGAAGUAAAUAACGAUUUAAUUGAUGAGGACUAUGAUCCGUUCAAUGUAUGUUCAGCGGAUGAUUUGGUUAAAGAAGCAAAAGCACGAGUUGCUGCAGUAAUUGCUGCGGAAGAAACUGAAAAAGAUAUUAAUCUUUUUGCCACUACUACUAAAAUAAACCAACAAAAAAGUGACAUCAGCUCAUCAACCCAAGAAGGUGGUAGUCCAGCUAGUUCACGACCUCUCGGAUUUGAUGAUGAAUUUCGAGUGGAAGAUGAUGCUACUAGUACGCCAAGUCCAUUGUACGAUGAAGAUGAUAGUGUGCCAUUAACUGAUUUCCCAUCUAAAUUUACCGGUGAUGGUUGGGAAAUGAUGAUCCGAUAUCCUAUAAAGAAAAAAAUUAUGAGUGAUCGUUACUGGAAGCCAUGUUACGUGAGAUUACGUGACAAUACCCUUUUUAUGUUCAAUUCAAAAACUGAACAAAAACCAUUCAUGGAAAUUUUAUUACAG